AUGAAGACCUUAGUCGUCGUCGUCGUCCUCGGCUGCGCCCUCCAGGGGGCGCUGGGCCUCGGAUACGGAAGCGGAAGCGGCUUUACAGGUGGCGCUAGAUUCGCUGGCAUUCAGAGAGGCGGAAGCGGCUUUACAGGUGGCGCUAGGUUCGCUGGCAUUCAGAGCGGCGGAAGCGGCUUUACAGGUGGCGCUAGGUUCGCUGGCAUUCAGAGAGGCGGCAGCUUCGGCGGAAUAUCAGGUGGCGCCACCAACUUCGGCGGCAUCGGUGCCAGGCGCAGCAUCCGCGUGGGAGGUGGCGCCGCCAGGUUCGGCGGCGCCAGGCGCAGUUUCCAGCUGAGCAGCGGCGGCGGGUUCCAGCGAGGCGGCGCCACCAUCGACGUCAACAACUUCGCUAACAUCGAUGCGAGGUCGUUCGGCCUCAACAACUUCGCGCCGGACUUUGUCAACAUCGCCACCUUCGACUUCGACGGCGCUCGCCGCUCGGCCGCCUCGUUCGCCCCGCGCGAUUCGCUCGUCAGCGGUAACGCCCUCCAGCAGAUCGUCGUUGGGCGGCGCUUCCGCAGCGGCUCGGCGCGACAGACGGAGUCGAGCGGUGCGCUGAAGGAGGGCAGCGGUCGUGGCGAGGCGGGCAUCGAGCUGGCCGCAUCGCGCUCCGCCUCGCAGGACGCCACGCAGCAGUUCACUCAGACCGCCAGUGGAGAGGGCAGCACCAGUCAGGGCGCCGGAUACGCGUUCGAACGCAACAACAACGGUCAGAUCCGAUUCUCACCGGUCCGUAUCGAGUCCGCCUCCGUCCACGCCGGACCCAGGUCCAGGCUCCCUACAUCCGCCGUAGGCUACGGGGGCGCCAGGAUCGCGCAGAGGUCGGUCAACGACUAUGGCCGAAAGUAG